CUUCGGAAUUUUAUAAACCUGAUAGUGGUUUUAGUACUUCUAAAUAUCAUCUUCGAGAAUUAUCAUGGAGCUGAAGGAAUGAAUGAUAGAAUAAUAUCGAAAGAAGAAGACAAGGAGUUGGAUAAAAAACUUAAGAUUCUCAAUAAACAUCCCGUGAAAUCCAUUCAGACAAAACUUGGUGAUAUAUUCGACUGCAUAAACAUUUACAAACAAUCGGCUUUCGAUCAUCCAUUGCUACGAAAUCACAAAAUCCAGAUGAAACCAAAUCUGAUUCAAGAACAACAAAACGAUGUGCCUCUUUCUAAUAUGGUUUCAAGUAUGGCGCGUUCUAAGCUUGAUGGGUGCUCUUCAGAAACUGUUCCAAUUCGUAGUUACACAAAGGAAGAACUGAUAAACACAAAGUAUCUCUCAAACCGGAUACAACCUCGCCAUUAUGUGUCAGUUCAAUCUUUUGCAGAGAAGUUAUACUAUGGAGGUAAAGCUUCAAUCUCUGUAGUAAAUCCAAGGGUGGAUGUAGACGAGUUUAGCACUGGUCAAAUGUGGAUACAAAAAGGUCUAGCUGAAGAACUAAAUAGUAUAGAAUUCGGAUGAGCUGUAAAUCAUCUUCAAACUUUCUAAAACUAUUGUGUCACUAUAUUAAAUUCGAUAAUAUUCCUUGUCAUAUCAUUAUAAUCUGUCUUGCUAUUCAAAGCACAAUAAUGACAGACUUGAAAUUAUUUCCAUGUGAUUGAAUGAUAAUAACAUUACAAUUAGAUAGUUAGCUUUUACUUAUUACCCAUACAAAUAUUUUUUUUUUUUUUUCAUUUUAGAGUGUUAUACUCUUGUUUAAUUAACAUUGAUAAAAUUUCAGGUAUAGCCUCAGUUAUUUGGUGACAAUCAAACUCGGGUGUUUGGUUUAUGGACGGUUCGUAAUUAAUCUUUUUAUUUUCGUCAUUAAAUUAUAUUUGAAAAUUAAUUAUUGCAAUAGAUAGUUUCAAAAAUAAAAAUUUAUUUAUAUGCUAGAUAAUUGUUGUUGAUUAUUGUGCAGGCUGAUGGAUUUAAAGAAACAUGAUGUUAUAACAUGCUUUGCGCAGGAUUUGUACAAAUCCAUCCCGAGUACUUUUUCGGGGAACAUAUUGAUGCAGGAACCUAUGGAAAGGCUUUUCAAAGAGCAUUUGAUUUUUCAGUCCAUCAGGAUCCAGAAAGCGACAAUUGGUGGUUCGUCAAUGGCGUAGACAAUGCAAAAAUAGGAUAUUGGCCCAAAGAGAUCUUUACUCAUUUAUCAACCAGUGCAUCUGUGAUUGGAUAUGGAGGGGUUGCUGGCGGAGAUCCUGGGAAACCUACUCCUCCAAUGGGAUAUGGGCAUUUACCAAUUUAUGAUUCUAGAUAUUCAUGUUUUAUUUAACAAGAAAGUUGUUGAUGAAUAUCGAGGAAAUUAUGUGGACUUUGAUAAAUCAAAGGUGCAACUCAAUCAUGACGCAAAAACUAGUUGUUAUGAUCUCAUUUUUAUUGGGAGAUCUCUCUUGCGUGGGUUAACAAUGUUUUUUGGAGGACCGGGAGGUGACUGUUCUUAAUUAUGAUCAAUUAUAACUAAGUGUGAUACUUUCUAAUAAAAAGGUUUUUCUCCUUUCGGUCUUUGUUUUGUUAUAUUUGGCAAAGUUGUUUACAUGUGUGUUCGUUUAAAUAAAUUUUUUUAUGAAGCAUCGCAAUUAUUAUUGAUUUUUCUAAUAAACUGCUUAAUAGAUUUGGUGAGAUUUAAAACUUGAAAUAUGUUGGUAGCUCAAAUAUAAUUAAUUACAGUGGAAGUUAAAAGAUGUACUAUUUAUCUUUGAACAUUGUUGGUGUAAACGCGUACCACCUUGGUUUAAUCAUACUACUAGUAUCCAACAAUACUAAAUUUGAAAGCCAUGAAAUCUUUUUUCUAAAACAAAAAUUUACUAUUUUUAUUUGUAUUCAUUAUGUAGGUAA